CGAGGACAUGUUCUGCCGUGAUACACCCCAGGUCCCCAGUUAAUUGCCUUGUUUUCUGUUGUGUAUGCUCAAGUCUAGGAAUUGUAUAACUAAGAUGUUUACAGUAUUCGGUCGAGGGCUGACAUUGGGCUGACACCCGGUGUGGCUCACAUACCCAGUCAAGAACGAAACAUUCUACGACCACCCGCGCGCAGAACGAACUGAACCUUCCUUACCAACAUCUUCCAUCUCCUCACUCAGUCCACACUUUUCACCAGUACUUUCCAUCAUCUUCUUUACAACAUGGUGUCUUCCAAAGUCACGGUGAUCGCUGGUCGGUCUGCCAUGAACGACAAGAAAGAAAAGGAAUACUUGCGCAUCUCCCCGCUGCACCGGCAAGUAUUGCAGGCCAGCUGCAAUCGACGGAAGACGGCUGGACCGUCCCCCCGCUGCACACUCCUGCCAACAGAGGUGAGGAAGCUAGACAACGCCCCCAAGCCGCCGACUGACCCUCCCAAGAAGCCCAGCGGCAACGCGGACGCAUCGAACCAUUCGCGGAGAAGGGCGAGAGACAGCAGCUCAACCCUCGGACCUGAGCCAGUGUUCCCAGAGGAACUCGCUCGCCAGUGGGGCUGGACCGACGAUUCCUGGAAGUACAUGGCUCUUCAUCGAAUCAAAUCCGGCGGUUGGGUGCGCAUGCGGGAGCCGAUCGACGAUUUCGAGAGAGGGAUAAUGGGUCUUCCUCCACUACCGCCCGAUGUAGUCGAAGUUCGUCUUGAAGAGCGCCGUAGGGAAGACUUGGAGAUGCUGAUGAAGCGGCACGGAGUAAAGCCGAAGGGCGCGUGUGAAGGGUGCGAGGAGUUGGGAAAGGCUUGCGACGGCGGCCGCCCUUCCUGCGCAGGAUGUGAUCUAUGGGGCAUGGAGUGCACUUACAGACGUUCGUCCACUGGUGACGACAUCCGGCAGGAAUUGUUGCUGAAGAUGAAGGCCGACAUCGACGCUGCUGCGGACAAGUUUGACAAGCUUGCUGUGAGCCCGACAAAGGAGGCGCAAAGGCCCACGGAGCGUCAUGAUAUGGAGAUCGAGUCCAAGGUAGAGGACAGUCAGCCCAGGAAAAUCAAACCCCUCCCGGCGAGAAGGAAGGCCAAUUCACGUAGGACGGCCGAGCGGCAAGAGGUAACACAAUGCGUCUCUGCUGCUCAUCCUUCAUGUCCGGUGGUGCAGAAGAAGAUUCCUGCACAAACCCUGGGCGCUGCGGGCAACGACAAGGCGAACCCGAUGGACAUCUGCAUGCCCGAGCUCCAGCCUCCCCCGCUGGUCACGCCGUCCCUCUCCGCGUCAUCCACCGCGUCCAGUUCCUCGAGCUCGUCCUUGAUCAGCACUCCCGUCGACGGAGACGAUCCGAUGCCACGAAUUGUCAGAUUCGACGGGACGAAGGACGCCCCGCGGCCUGCGGCGCAACAACCCAAGUCUGUUGUCGAAGGACGGGAUGAUGAGGCAAAGGCGGCUGCCUACGCAAUACUGGGCUUGAGCAAAGCACCACCGAGGCCCUCGACCAUGGGUCAUGCGCCUCCCGCCCCGAAGGCUCAUCCCAUACCAGUCGUCCGCGUCCCGAAAAUAAUCAUCACUCCGCCCGCGAGGGAGCUUGUGACAGUCGAAACCAUCACUGCGCUCCUCGCCAAGCUGACACUCAGCGCUGUGCCAGCAGCAGUCACUACCACGAUCGAGGGGCUGUUGUCUUCCAGGCCGUGGGUGUCCAAGUACGGGUCACGGAGCGCAGAGGGCAUGGAGGAUGAUGACGAGGUUGCGAAAAUGUUGGGCGAAUUGGUCGAUGAACACGUAUCGGCACGUGGACGGGGACUGGCACUAGACUCCUUCCUCAGCCACACCGCACGUGAACUGCUCGGCCCAAUUUCAAGGGCUCGCAACUUCACCGCAAGUUGCGAGCCCUUGACCCGGGCCGAGCAGUUCACGUACCGACGCGUGGAUGGGGACUUGGACCUGGACCUGGACUUCGACCUGGACUUCGAACCGGACUUGGACUUGGGACUGGACUUGGACUUGGGACUGGACUUGGACUUGGGACUGGACUUGGGACUGGACUUGGACUUGGACUUGGACCUGGAACUGGAUCUAGGCUUGGACUGGACUUGUCGACCAUCAAGACAGCAAGCCAACAAGACGACGCUCAGAACGGCGACGGCGCAAAGACGGGGUGGAGAGAUCCGCCAGACAUACUUGGGAGGCAACGGAUGUCCCGGGUUCAGCUGGAGCAAGAUGGUCAAGGGGGAUAGAGAGGGCGGAGACGCAGUCCCGGAGGCUCGAGGCGUUGACCGCGGGCGAUAUGCAGAGUCGCGUCCUCGGCAUUCCGAAGCGAGGGAGCAGCAAGAGGUACGGUUGCCGUCCUCUGGCUGUGAGCUCGAAGCCUUUUGUUCACGCGCGCAAGUAGUCGACCUCUACCGGUAG